UGGUCCAUACUGGUCCGUACUGGUCCUUACUGGUUCAUACUGGUCCCCCCCAGGCCUGUACUACGUGGACAGCGAGGGCACGCGCGUGGCCGGCGCCGCCUUCGCCGUGGGCUCGGGCUCCUCCUACGCCUACGGGGUGCUGGACCGGGGGCUGGGGGGCUCCCAGGAUUCAGUAGCCACCCCUGGGGAUUCAGCCGCCUGGGAGCUGGCCCGGCGAGCCAUCUACGGCGCCGCCCGGCGCGACGCCUACUCGGGGGGCAACGUGCUGGUGCUGCACGUGGGGGCCCAGGGCUGGCACCAGGUGUCCCUGCACAACGUGGCACAGCUCCAGGACAUCUACGGGGACCAGUAAAGCAUGCUGGGUUA